CGCCGCCGCCGCCAACCGCGACACGCGCCACAGCCUCCCGCCGCGGCCUCCUCAGUUCGCCUGCGCCGUAGGAGGAAGAGCCUGCAUACUCUGGUGUGAAGAGAAUGGCUGUGACUUUAGAACAGGCCCAGAGGGUGGGCUAUAUACUUCUGAAAGCACUCCUGAGGUUCAGCUUCAUGGUUGCCAAUAACCUGGUUGCUAUUUCAUCCUACGUCUUGUAUUUAAUUAUACUGCAGCCUCUUCGACUGUUGGACAGUAAGCGGUUCUGGUAUAUCGAAGGAGUAUUAUUUAAAUGGCUUUUAGCUAUGGUGGCUUCCUGGGGCUGGUGGGCAGGAUAUACAGUAGUCGAAUGGGGAGAUGAUGUUAAAGUGGUUUCAGAAGAUGAAGCCAUGAUGUUGGUGAACCAUCAAGCAACAGGAGAUGUCUGCACACUAAUGAUGUGCCUUCAGGAUAAAGGCACGGUUGUCCGUCAGAUGAUGUGGCUGAUGGAUCAUAUUUUUAAGUAUACAAACUUUGGGAUUGUAUCUCUAAUCCAUGGAGAUUUCUUUAUAAGACAGGGAAAAGCUCACCGUGACCAGCAGCUUGUGCUCCUAAAGGAGCAUCUAGACAAACAUUACAGGAGCCGUGACCGGAAGUGGAUUGUACUAUUUCCAGAGGGAGGCUUUCUUAGGAAAAGGCGGGAAACAAGCCAGGCAUUUGCAAAGAAAAACAAUUUGCCAUUCCUUACGCAUAUCACCUUGCCAAGACUGGGAGCAACACAAGUUAUUCUGAAAUCACUUGUAGCUCAGCAAGAAAAUGGAACCCCUGCAGGUGGAGAUGCGAUGGUAUCAGAGAGUAAAUCAAAAGGCCUUCAGUGGGUGAUAGAUACAACCAUUGCUUACCCUAAUGCAGAACCUAUAGACAUUCAGACCUGGAUUCUUGGCUACAGACGACCGACAGUCACACAUGUGCAUUACAGGAUUUUUCCAAUUAAAGAUGUACCUGCAGAGCCUGAAGCCCUCACUGAUUGGCUAUAUCAGCGGUUCAUUGAAAAAGAGGAUCUCUUGUCACAUUUUUACAAAACAGGUGCAUUUCCUCCGUUACCAGGUCAAGCAAAGGCUCUUUCCCGAAAGAUGACCCUCAGCAACCUGUGGCUUGUUGUCAUACAGUCCCUUGCGUUUUUGUCGGGUGGUAUGUGGUACUGCAUCUUUCAGUAUUUUUAUCAUUGCCUAUUUUAAAAGUUGAAAGGGACCUGAGGACACCUUGAGAAGCCAGGCUCUUGCAAAUCUGCAUCAUGUUUAUAUGUGCAAAUGUGAAUAUACAAGAGUAAAGGAAAAUGCUGGAUGGAUUUUUACCCCUCUUAGGGGAGAUUUUAAACUCCACUAAAUGUGAGGAUCAGUUAUAUUGUGACCUGAUGUAUUUUAAGAACUGUCCAUAUUUUUAAAAGGUGUAUACCCCCCCACGCUCUUAAGCGAAUUCAACAUUUGGACAAGAGGUGUAAUUGUACAACCACCAUAGAAGAAAAUCUGCAACAAGAAUGUUCUAACACUACAGGUAUUGUAGUUAAAGCUCAGAAAAGUAAGCAACUUUGUUUUUCCUGUAGUCUGUACUACAAAUUGUGUGGUAGAUAUCCUUCGUUUGCAAAAACUGAAGAUAUACUGCUGGGAUCAGUUAAACAUAUUCUGCAGAGCUGGUUAUGAUAUCUUAACUGUUCUCUGAUCAGCCAUCAUUGUAUUAGACGCACUAUUUCUAAGGACAACACCCAAAUGAGAGCCAGUGUCAGCAAUGGGGUUGUUUUUUUGCAAGGGGGGGGGCGGAGAAAACAGUGCUCAGAAAGGUGUUUCAGUAUCAUAAUGUGUUUUAAAAAUGGUGUGCACCUGAUAAAUCAGCCCAUUACUAUUGAACAUCUAAUGUCCAUAUUCUAGUGUAUUCCUUCUUGUGAGGGAACUUUAAAAAGUCACAUCACUUGAUUUAGUUCCCUUUUGUGUUCAAAAUGUGUCCCAUAAAUUGAUUAUUGUCUUUUUGCAAAAUGCACUUUUAAAGUUGAAAAUACAGUGAAGGAAAAGUAUGUAGCUUAGGGAAAAUAGCAAGCUUUAUCUAUAGCAACUUGGAAUCUUAAGAGGCAUUAAUUCUUUCUGCUGUGUUGGAUACCAAACUUGAGCCCAUGUGAUGAUUUUAUAGCUUAUAGAGAUUUCUUUUCAUUUGUUGUAACAGCACUAAAGACAUUUUGGCACAGGGCUUAACCAAAUCAUCUCAGCAUUUUUCUUAGGAAGAAUAUUAGGAAGCUGAUCUCUUUAAAAAGAUGCGUAGAAGUGCAGGCCUAAAGCUAUAGGAAAAUGUUCAACCUAUCUGUGGAAAAAAUACACAGAAUACAGAAGGCAGUAUUAGCCUGCCACCAUGCUGAAAGUGUCAGUCUGAAAAGGAGAAUUAAGAGGCAGCCUGGCACAAAA